AGGUUUUCUAGCGGUGGUUUUGAGAUGGCUGGAUUGUAAGUGCUACUUUGUUUUUUAAAUUUUUCAGAGGGUUGGACGACAGGGCAUCUGUUCUCUCCUUCAUAUGUCCAAGAGUACCUUCUGUUGGCAUGGUUGAAGGUUUUCGCCUUUCCAGUAUAAAUUGCAAUUUGCUUGCGGACUUCGAGUCAUGUACUCGUGAUGCUCAAGUAGCCCAUUACAGUCAUCCCAUGAAAGUGUACUUACGAAUAAGGCCUUAUGAGUCUGAUAAUGGACUGUCUUCCAAGACCGUGUUAUCUUGUCCUGAUAAAUGUACUGUGAUUGCCUGUCCCCCAGAAAUGGAUGGUCCGAAACAUUCAUUUCGUAAUCUUCAAAAGAGUGCAAAUAAAUUUACCUUCAAUGAAGUAUUUCAUCAAUCAGAUACCCAGGGAAAAGUUUUUGAAAUUGUGGCCGCAGACAAAAUUCGAGCUUUUGUUGAAGGUUUGAAUGGUCUUAUUUUUGCAUAUGGUACCACUAGUUCUGGGAAAACGUACACACUUCAAGGAACCCGAGAAAGUGUUGGGAUUAUCCCUCGGUCUAUAUACUCCAUAUUCAGCCUCGUCAAGCACAGAAGCGACCCGUUCCUGAUGCCAAAAGAUUUCUCAGAUGUAGUUAGUCUGGAUGAAGAUGAGGUCCAAAAAGUUUUAUCUGAAAAAGCUUCUCUUAUUAAGUACUCUGAAGGCAUAUUUGAGAACAAUUCCUUCCCCCAUCAAGUUAAAGAACAAACGAUUUUGGAUGAUACUUUCACCGGUCAAAACCCAGGGUUCAAGCCCGCUAGUGACAUACGUUUUAGCUUCUGGAUAAGUUUCGUGGAGAUUUAUAACGAAACAUUUUAUGAUUUACUGGAUCCUACGCAGUGCUCAAGUAUCUUGACUGCCCAACCAAAUGGUAUCACCAGCACACGAAACAAUCAAAACAUUGCAAAUCCUCGAAAUAUAUUUAGUGUAAACAGCAGCACAUCACAUGUUCCAAAUUUUGUAAAUCAACCUAGAAGAACUCCACUGGAGCUGAGGACUGACAAGAACGGAAAUCUUUUUAUAAAAGGUGUGAAAUGGUAUCCUGUAUCUUCACCUGAAGAGGCCCUGAGACUUCUUGCUGUUGGUCGUCAUUGCCAAAAGGUUGCAUCAACACGUUUAAAUCAAGCAAGCUCUAGAUCUCAUAGUAUUCUGUGUGUGAAAGCUGUACGGGUAGUUGAUAAAAACAAUCCGAAUUUCGCUCGAGUUAGUACCUUAAUGUUUUGUGAUUUGGCGGGAAGUGAACGUUCUGUAAAGGCUGCUACAGGUGGCCAAACACUGCGAAUUCGUGAGGCUGGUAAUAUUAAUUCAAGCUUGUUAACUUUGGGAAGAUGUAUUGAAUGCCUAAGAUAUAACCAAGUUCACCCAGAUAAUCCAAAAUUGGUGCCUUAUAGAGAUUCCAAACUUACACGUCUAUUUCAAGGUUUCUUCACUGGUCAAGGCAGAGCGUGUAUGAUAGUCAAUGCAUCUCCAAAUCCUGAAUUAUUUGAUGAAACACUACAUGCUCUUCGUUUUGCUGCUUUGGCCAGACAAGUUAUUGUAGAAGUGAAUCCUGUGCCUGAAACUUCUGUUUUACAUCCAAAUAAAGUGAAAUGUAAACAAAGAGUUCAAGAUAUCAAACAAAUUAAAUCGUCUAAUCAACCAAUUGUUAAAAAGAUUGUAGAGUCAGAUUCUGUUUUGGAGCCUCAGUCAACUCGUUGGUCUGAAGAUGAUUUUGAUAAGAAAGCUUUGUCACUAGAUGAAGUAUCUGGCGAAGUUAGCUCACCAGUUGAUUUCGAUUAUUUAUCUUCACAAGCAAUGACCCCAUCAAAUAAUGAUGGAACUGAACUGGUAUUAGAUCAUUUCAGUAAAGAGGAACUAAUUACAAUGGUUAAAGAUCUCUCUGAACAAUUGUUUGAAUCGAAAGGUCAGUUGGUGCAACAAGAAGCACGUUUAAGGGCGGAAAUGUGUGAUAAUAUGAAUCAGCAGAUCAUUGAUUUUGAAAAUAAGUUUGAAGCACUAUUAAAAAGUAGAGAGAAUUAUCUAUAUGAAGAAUCAAAUGUGCGUAUGCGUAAUAUCGUUCAAUCAGUGAAUCAACGUCAAACUCAUCUAACUAAAAAUUCUAAACGUUUAUGUCCAAAUGAUUCAGAGGCUAGUAGCAGUGAUGAGGAUAUUUCACAAAUCGACAACUCUUUACAAGAAAAUAUUGUAAAGAUAAAACAAUCUUUGGGAGUAUGUGACAAUUGUUCAGCACAAACAAUCAAAAUAGCACAACUUUUACAAACAAUUAAACAGUCAGAGAAUCAAAUUGCGGAAUUGCAAGGUGACUUAGCAGAUCAAAAAGAUAUCAUUGAAAAUCUUAUGCGUGAACUAGAUCGUAUUCGAGUAGAGAAUAGAAGAUUAGAUUUUACAGUCGCUCAACAAAAUCAGUCUAAUAAGCUUAAAACUGAUGUACAAAUUCAAGCAGAACUAAAUGAUGAGCACGUUGUUUCAUCCAGUGACUCUUUGAAAGCAGAUGACUUAGAUGAUUCGUGUAUUACUAUCAAUUUACCCAAAAUUACUGCAUUUGCAAAUGAUCAUGUUACAAAUAAGAUGAAUCCACAUUCAUUCUAUGAAAGUCCUGAGUCAAAAGUGACAAUACAGGGAAAUGCUAAUCACUCAUUAAAUAAUGAAACACCUUCCACAAUUGUUAAAGGCCCCAAUAAAUUGCUACCUGGGGAAAAACAACCUUUUUCGGACAGUACAAUUCAGCACUUAGUUGGUCCUGAGAAAAAACAUCAAACAAAUGAUGAAGUGAAAUGUAUUCAUCUUAAAAAUGAGUACAUCACCAAUGACGUUAGAGAAAGUAGGAUUAGUGAAGGUUUACUAUCGUUUUUGGAGCAUGAAUCAAGCUUUCAACAACAAGAGAUAGUGGAACAGUUACGUCGUCAGAUCUAUGAAAUAGAAGAGAAAUUUGCUUUGAAACAUGAUGCAUUAGUCAAAUCUGAAACAGCUUUUCAUGAACUUAAAUCACAAUAUGAAGAUCUUUCUCAAAGACUGAUUUCACAAACCAAUGAAUUGCAUCAGUCUAACUUAAAAUUAACUAAAAUGAAACAAUUACAUAAUGAAGAACUGAAAAUUUGCAGUGAUGAUGCACAGAAGCGUAUUGAUCAAAUAAAAACUGAUUUAAACGUUGCAUUAGAACAAUAUAAUGCAUUACUUGCUCGUGUACCGAAUACUGACAUGAAUGUUCAAACAUCAAUUAUUGUUGAGCCAAGUAUUCAUACAGAUUCGAUUUCCAUCCAAACUUCUUUGUAUCAAAUGAAUGAAUUAUCUAUGCAGGUUAGCUCAUUGAGUCUUGGAGUUUCAAUUGGGAUUCAGACAGAAGAGCACAAUGAGGUAGAUGCCUCAAAAUCGGUGUGUACAAUUAAUGCUUCUAUUCCUCACCAGGAUGAAGAACUAAAUGAAAACAAUAGCACAUGUAUAUCAGAAAACCCGACAAAUCAAGUUAAACGAAACCUUCGGAAUGCUUCUCGUCUACGACUUAAGCAAAAUGGCGGCCGGUUAACUCAAAGACUUGGUCCACCAAAACUUCCCAAUUUACCUUCUCCUAUUCCUUCCUCUGUUUGUUUAUCGGAUAGUGAAUUAGAACUUAGUGUCACUUUACAUGAAGAGGAGGUUGCUAAAGAAAAUAUCAAUAAUACAAGUGAUGAAGAGACAGACGAAAAUGAUGAUGAGGAUGAUGUACGCAGUUGUAAAUCUGAACCACGAAACACUAGUCGUCGACCUGUACGUCAUAAACAAGUAAUCAAGACACUUGAGAAAGCAUCUACAAAAGAACAAAAAAGACAAACACGUUCCACUACUCAUAGACGUCUUCCACCUCUAGCCGAAUCAACUCAAUUAUUACCAGAUUCAUUUUUCCAAGAACAACUUGAUGAAGCAUUAGAAAGUGUUGAUAUUGAACUAAAAAAAACGGAACAACGAAAUCUUCGACAGUUACAUUCACGUCAAGCAACACGUAAAAGACGUUGAUUAGUGUUGUUUUUUGAAAAUUUACAUUACUGUAAAUAUUGAUUCUUAUUUUUUCCCUUUUAUUUUUUCUCAAAUAGUACAUAAUAAGUUUUAGCAUUAGGUUUAUCUAAUUUUAUUUUGAUAGAAAAUGAAAGAUUUGACUAUUUAUUGUAUGCAUUUGUUUCAGGUUCAGAACUGUCAUGUUAACAUUGUAUUAUAUACCUAAAUGUAGAAUUUUGCGCUCAUUUCCCCACUACACUACUCCUACAUGAUAUAUUUACACAGUCAUUAUUAUUAUGUAAGCAAAUUUUAUCUCUAUUCAUUUGUGUUUAUAAACAUUUAUUAAGUACAUCAAAAUAGAUGAGGAAUAUGUCUUUCUAGACAAAUCUUGCAUUGUAAUACUGAUAUUUAAAAAAAGAAUUUAUACCGGACCGUAAGACCAUCUCUUGUGUAAUCGAAUAAUUCUUUCAAUAUAUAAAUAUAUUCAGCCAAUUAUUUGAGAGUCACUCGGAGUUUACGUGAAUUACAAUGUGAACUGUUGUUCGUAGUAAUUUUAAGCCAUACAUGAAGUUUAAAUAAAAG